UAAAGAAAGAGAGCGCGCGUGUAAUGUUUUUGAGGAUCCUCAGUGUUUUUCUCUUUUGCGUGUUUCAUUGAGUGUAAACAGAGUCUUGUCUCUGUGUAUUUAAGUGUUGAGACGAUGAUGAUGAUGUGAUGUGAUGUGCUGUGCUGAUGUGACUGUGUGAUUUGUCCAUGCUGGAUAUAUUGAUCAUUUUAUCACAGAAAUCUCUCAGCUGAAGAAAGAGGAGAUUUAGCAAUGGAUCGAGAGGAUGUGGAUUGUUGUGAAUCUUCAGUGUAUGUGAGUGAUGAUGGGAGUCUGGAUUCAGUGUGGAUGAGCAGAGAUCAGAGCCGCACACCACAGCCACUGCUGGACUCUAAACUCUCUGAAGAGAAAUCCAGACACACACUGGACUCCGAUCUCAGUCUGACUUUACUCUGUUAUACUGAGUCAAAGCCCACAGACACUCAGGACACUACAGUGUGUGACAGUAAACAGAGCUUACAGGAGGAUCAAACCUCCACAGAGUCUCUGGAUUCUGUCUGUAACGCUGGAGAACAGCAGCAGAUCCUGCAGACCAAACUGAAGAUGUGUUCAGUUAAACUCAUCGACUGCACGAACCUCAUGAUGAAGAUUAAAACUGAACCCACAGAAAUCAAAACUGAACUCACAGAAAUCAAAACUGAACCCACAGAAAUCAAAACUGAACCCACAGAAAUCAAAACUGAACCCACAGAAAUCAAAACUGAACCCACAGAAGAGGAAGAUGGCACUGAGGAAGAAGAUGAUUUUAUUCCAUCAGAUGUGAAGAGUGAUUCAUGUUUGGAUAUAGAAAUAACGUCCUCAACAUCAAAAGAGCGACUGACAGCACAAACUCUUUCCUGCAUCACCUGUGGAAAGACAUUCAGCUCACAGAGACAUUUAGAGAGACAUGAGAGAAAACACACAGAACAGAAACUCUUCACCAGAUCUGAGACCAGCUUUACUACCUUACAAGAGAAGAAACUUCAUUCAGAAGACCACAGAGAGAAGAAGAAGAAGCAGUUUCACUGUGAGCAGUGUGGGAAGAUUUGUCUCUCUUCCUCUGAUCUAAAUGUUCACAUGAGGACACACAGUGGUGAAAAGCCUUUCUACUGCACUGAAUGUGGAAAAUACUUCAGAACCAAACACAAAAUUAAAGUUCAUCAGAGAGUUCACACAGGAGAAAAACCUUACGAGUGUCCUCACUGUGAGAAGAGAUUUAGCUGUAAACGUGGUCUGAAGAGACAUGUGCUUUCACACACCAAUGAGAGACCGUAUCAGUGCAGUGAAUGUGACAAAGCAUUUAGGGAUUCAAGUUCAUUAAAAAAACACCAGAAAAUUCACAUUAAGGAGAAACUCUAUCAGUGUUCACACUGCGAUAAAUGUUUCUGUCAUAAAUAUCAGCUAAUAAAACAUGAGACAUUUCACACUGGAGAAACUUAUCACUGUAGUGUCUGUGAGAAGAGUUUUAAUCGACAUGAAAGUUUAGUGAUACACCUGACAAAUCAUACAGGUGACAAACCUUACCAAUGCUCUCAGUGUGACAAGACGUUUACUUCUUCAUCUUACUUAAAAGUCCAUCAGAGAGUUCAUACUGGAGAGAAACCUUAUCACUGUAGUGUCUGUGGGAAGAGCUUCUCUGAUUCAUCUCGAUUAAGAGUCCAUCAGAGAGUUCAUACUGGAGAAAAACAUCAUCACUGUAGUGUCUGUGGAAAGAGUUUUUAUCGACAUGACAAUUUAGUGAGACACCAGAGACUUCAUACAGGUGAAAGACCUUACAGAUGCUCUCAGUGUGACAAGACGUUUGUACAGUCAGGUAAUUUAAAAGCCCAUCAGAGAGUUCAUACUGGAGAGAAACCUCAUCACUGUAGUGUCUGUGAGAAGAGUUUUAAUCGACAUGACAUUUUAGUGACACACCUGAGAAUUCAUACAGGUGAAAAACCUUACAAAUGCUCUCAGUGUGACAAGACGUUUGUUUAUUCAGGUCAACUUAAAGCCCAUCAAAGAGUUCAUACUGGAGAGAGACCGUAACACUGUAAUGUGCUUGUCUUUCCUGCCCCGGGUGGAUAGCUUUAAUAUUCGAAUGAAGAUGCAUGUUGAUAGGAACGUCAAACGCAGAGCGGAGCUGCAUAGAUGGACUGACAACUGGAAUUUAAGUAUCGUGAGAUCAGACUGCUUGUUAUAAUUUCGAAUGGCUCCCGCGGCACAAUGAUGUCACCUGCCAGCUGGUCUGUGCAGCGCUGCAUGAAGUUAAGAACAUGGGGGCCCCCUAGUGGUGCGGGCCACACGCAGCUCGCGUAGCCUGCGUAUAGGGAGGAUCGGCUCUAAUCAAUUUAAACUGAUCUUGUAAUGAAAUAAAAUGACUUAUGUGUAUAACUCUGCCUCACAUGGGCACUCUGGUAACUUAACAGUCACAUGAAAGUCCAUGACAUGUGAGAAUGCAGGUUUUAUUAUUAUUUUUCUAGUUGUUCACCUCAUUUUCAGAGUCGUUGAUACACUGUUGUAAUACUCUUCUUGUUGUAAUUAUAUCCAAGAAGCACACACAUGCAUGAUCCUGCUUAUUCUACAAUUGUUAGCCUUUAUCGAUUUAAUUCUUAUCGUCAAUUAAUUGAAUAUCAAUUGAUUGUUAACAUCCCUAGAACUGGGUGGCCAUACGUGCCAUUUUCGCCAGACGCGUCCUGGACAGGAUUUCUGGUGCGUACUCCAGAAGUCGCAUUGGUCAACCGCAUACGUCAUCAAGGUUUAAUAUUUCAGGUUCUAUUUCAAAAAAGCAACUCUUACAUUUCAAGGUAAGAAUGAAACUACAAUGAUUGUAUGUAUUAAGAGAAAUACAUUUUAAUUUUAUAAUGUAUUUUACUGAAAUCUGAUAACCUCGAUGAUGCGAUCGACUUUCGGACGACGCACCCAAAAUCCUGUUCAGGAUGGUCCAGUGAAAAUGGCACGUAUGGCCACCCUACCUAGAACAAACAUACAAAUGAAAUAAAACAGUUCAGUUUUUUUUAGAUUCAUCUAACAGUACUGUAUUAAACGGGACAAAAAUUAAAGUUCCCAUAUUUCAAAGCUUUCUAGAGUUUUAUUUUAGGUUAUGAUGUCCUUAAAGGGAUAGUUUACGCAAUAAUUAUUUACUCUCUCAUGUUGUUACAAACCUGUAUUAAUUUCUUUGUUCUGAUGAACACGAAGGAAGAUAUUUUGAGGAAUGUUUCGAAAUCAAGCCAUUUGUGAGCCCCAUUAAAUUCCAUAGUAUUCUUUUUUCCUACUCGAACAGUUUGAUUACAAACAUUCCUCAAAAUAUCUUCCUUUGUGUUCAUCAGAACAAAGAAAUUUAUACAGAUUUGUAACAUCAUGUUAAAAAGUAAAUAAUAAUGAUUGGUCAUUUUACUGUCUGUCAGACUUUGGCUUAACAUUGAGUGACAAUGAGUGUCUUUUUAUUACAAACAUCAAAUUUAAGUAAUAGAGAAAUGUAUUGCCAAUUGAAAAGGUUUAUCCAAGAGAAAAUUUCAAAUAUUGGCUGAUAUAUCGGCCUCUGCAAUAUAUUGUCCUAUAGUUUCAUAUUGUAUGGACUUUAUUGUGAUGGUUUUAUUCAUUCAUUUAUUCAUCUUUAUUCAUGUUUCCUGUUUGUUUUCAGUCAAUAAAAGUAAAUUGUUUAAACUCGUACAUUAAUCAUUGCUUAACUGAAAAUGUAUUUAUUCACAUGGUUUAUAUUUACAUUGUAAAAAAUUUGCUGUAAUUAUGCAGCUGGUUGCCAGUAACUUACUGUUGAAGAUAAAGACUGAAAAUGUUUCAUGAUCAUUUAUAUUUGAACAAACUGUUGCCAGUAAAUAACAUAAAUGUAAAAUCUACAGUAUGUUUAGUUGCCAGUAAUACCCAGUAGUACUGUAAUUUCUACAGAAAUGUUUUACAGUGUAAGCACUGCUGUCAGCUGACAUUACAUUAAAUUAUAGUUUGCUUGUUUUACUCAUUUUUCUAAAGAGGUGUAAUAAAAUGGAAU